GCGUGGUUGCGGGUGGACACGCAGACCAUCCUGACGAUCGCCACGCACGUCAUCACCAAGAACCACCGAAUCGGCGUCACGCACAGUGACCAGCGCACGUGGUACCUGCAGAUCCGAGAAGUGCGCGAGUCAGACCGCGGCUGGUACAUGUGCCAGAUCAACACCGACCCCAUGAAGAGCCAAGUCGGAUACCUCGAGGUCGUGGUGCCGCCGGACAUCCUGGACUACCCGACGAGCACGGACAUGGUGGUGCGCGAGGGCACCAACGUCACGCUGCGCUGCGCGGCCACCGGCUCCCCGCAGCCCACCAUCACGUGGCGGCGGGAGGGCGGUGAACCCAUCCCCAUGGCCAACGGCCAGGAGUUGACGAGCGUCGAGGGCCCCGUGUUCAACAUCACGCGUGUCAACCGGCUCCACAUGGGGGCCUACCUGUGCAUCGCCUCCAACGGCGUCCCACCCAGCGUCAGCAAGCGCAUCAUGCUCAUCGUCCACUUUCCGCCGAUGAUCUGGAUCCAGAACCAGCUCGUGGGCGCGUACGAGGGCCAGCAGAUGACCCUGGAGUGCCAUUCGGAGGCCUACCCCAAGUCCAUCAACUACUGGACGCGGGAGAAGGGCGAGAUCAUCGCUCAGGGAGGUAAAUACGAGCCAGUGCUGCUGGACAACGCCUACAAAGUGCACAUGAAGCUGACGAUCAAGUCCGUGGGUCCGGCAGACUUCGGCUCCUACCGGUGCGUCUCCAAGAACUCGCUGGGAGACACCGACGGCAGCAUCAAGCUCUACGCUAUUCCACAACCGUCCACGGCCUACAAAUCAACGACGACGACAGAAGUUUCUUUCACCAUUCGACCACCAGAGAAAGACAAGAAGCAGAAGCCUUCGCACCGCGAACCUGGCGGCUCUCCAACGGAUGACGCGGAGCUGCAGUACAACGAAGUGUCGCGGGCUGCGGCCGAUCCACACAGCGCGCCGCCCAAGCAGCGAGACAUGAAGGUGCGCGAGCGGCUGCGCGACGCGCCGCCCGGAGGCUCGGCGUCGACUCCCGGCGGCGCCCCGCUGCCGCUGCUGCUGCUGGUGACUGCGCUGUCCACGGCCCGCCUGUUUCCUCUCCCGCUGCCGCCGCCGCCGCCGUAAGAGGGCGCCGCCGCCCGCGACAGCCUCCCGCCAGCACGACCCUCCCCCAGCACCGCGCCACAACGACCACGACCAGGAUCACGACCCCGCUUUGGCACCACCACGGCAGCGCUAGGCCGCGAGCACCGUAGCGCCGGCUCGACCGCCAUCUGGUCGACGGGCGGCCGCCCAUCCGACGCCGUAUCAGACGAAGACUGUGUCCGUCUGCGGACGGCGUAACAAGCUGCCCGACUAGUAGUACGAGUGCUAGACACGCUACUUAGAUGUGUGAGACGAUUAAGACAACUGUGGUUCUUUCGUAGACUGGAGAACACUUUCUUAGCGGAAAGAAGAACAAUUCGAGCUCAGUAAAUAUACUCACUGAUGUGACUUCCAGCAUCAAGAGAUGUCUUUUGCUCUACUGUAAUGCCAAAAGUGUACGUAACAAAACCCUUUCUCUCCUCCCCUACCUACCAUAUCGGUCAUUUUCCUCGGAAACGUUGUGGACGAACUUCUUACUGCUGCCAGAAUACGUUUUAGGAAAGCAUUCAAGGACGAAAUGAAUUGUGAACCUCACAUUGCACACCAUCUCCCCUAAACUGGAUAAACUAGGACGUGAUUCUAAAAUGGAACAUGGCACACAUAUACGAGAAAACCGUAUUUUUUUUGUGUAAUCUACAUUCUUUCUCAUAACAAACACAGGCCAACGAAAGCAACAUUUUAAUUAUUUUUGCUAGCACCUAAACCUCCAGAUUUCAGACACUCAUAUCGGUACCAAACUUCGUAUAUCGACUGAGUAUCAACCAAAAUCCCCAUAUAUUUUGUGCUGCGUGCUGUCAUCCAGGAGAACGUAAGUAAUAAGUAACAUCUGACCCACGGAGUACAGAAAAAGCGAAGCUGUGUUCGUCUGUCGUGCAGAGCUCCCGAGGGGAUAUCGGUAGAGAGUUAGUUUGUCGUACCAAGGGUCGCGAUUCCGAGGCCUGGACAUGCCAGUUUCUGUACCGCAGUAAGUAUCAAACUGUUAUAUAGGACAACAUGUCCCUGACGUGUGAAUGGACUGUUCGCAAUUUAUAGCAGUGCUCGAUUGGCAGUCCACACUCGCUUCGUUUAUUUGAAAGUAGCAAACCUAUACUGUAUAUUCGUCGUAGUUUCUCAGAAUACACAAAAAAUCAUAACAGAAGAAUAAAGGUGUAACUGCAUCAGACGUGCGGAAGUAGCAAUGGUAAUUAAAAUAAAUCUUCUUUUUCUUCUUUUUGUUAUUAUUAUUAUUAUCAUUAUUAUUAAUAUUUCGGCAUGUGUGAUGCAACUGUUUCCUUAUUCAUCUGUUCGAUUCUUUAUGUUUAUUCUGUGAAACUACUAAUGUGUACUACAGGUUAGUUGUUGAGACUACAAAUGUACACUAUAGAUUAGCUACUUUCAAAUGAAAGAAGCGAAAUCGGACUGCCAAUAGAACGCUGCUAUAAAUUUAGAACAGUCCUUCCACACAUCUGGAGCACGAUGUCCUAUAUAACUGUUCGACACGUUUUACGGUACAGAAACUAGCAUGACCAUACCUCGUACUCGAGACCCUUGGUUCGACAAACUAACUCUCUACCUACAACCCCCGCGGUAGCUCUGUACGACAGAGGCACACAGUUACGGUUUUCCUGUACUCCGUGGCUCAGGUGAUAUUUAUUACUUGCCGUUUUCGUACGUUCUCCUGGAUGGCAGCACAAAGCACAAACUAUAUCGGAGUUUUGGUUGAUACUCGGUCGAUAUACAACGUUUGGUACCAGUCUGACUGUUUGACAUCUGGAGGUUUGGGUGCGAGGAAUAACUUCUGUUUUAGGACACUGAAUCGAAAUCUGACAUUUUUUCUAUCAUGUACCGUUUUGUCAUAAUGUGACUUCUAUAUAAAUCACAAAAUUCGCAAAAAUUUGAGUGAAAAGUGGUCUAAUAUUUCUGUAGGAACAAAGGUUUUUCUUUCUCUUUUCUCCUUCAGGUAUCUAAUACAGUUUUUUCUCGCCUAUUUCACAUCUCCCAUAACACUGGUAUUGCAUUUGAAUUCAAACCGUUCUUCCAUUAAUUUAAUAUUUUGAUGAGAGCGCUCACCUUUUUCUUCACUGAUAUCACCGGAAUUUUCAGGGAAAAAAGAGCAGGUUACAGUUUCAGACGUUAAUCUCGAAGCUCAUCAAACAGCCCAGCUCCUUGAACUUUCGCAGCAUAUCAGUUGCAAUACGGAUAAAAUAUCCAUGGGUCUUCUUGCCUAAGAACUAUGUAUGAGUAAGGAGCUCCUUCAGUAUCAACUCCGGCCUCUGACUAUCAGUUUUGCUUCAGAGCUGGAAUCGAGCAUCACUUCUGAAUGUCAUGUCCAACAAACACUCCCUUUUUCAAUUUCCCUUCCAACUUACGUGAAUAUUUCCCACAUACCUCCUUGAAAUGCUCAAACUUUGGGUAACGCAUUCCCGAACUGUUCCAUUGGGCCUAACUUGAUGUGUAAAGGCCAAAAUGGAUUUUCCUCGUAGCCACGAGUUUCUUGCACGAAUCCUUCUUCUCUCCAAGCUUCAAAGGUUGGUUUUUUCUGGACCGAAGUUGAUCUUCUCCCUACCAUACACCGACGUUGAUGCUUGCUCUACUAUAGUACAUAUUGAUUAUAGUAAUAAAUGAAAUAACGAGUGUUUCAUACAAAAAUAAUAAUUGAUUAUCAUAUUAUCAUGCACAUCGCUCAUAUUUUCAAUAAUAAUCUAGUUUUAUUAUAAAAGUUUUUUGAAGUUGGCCUGAUGAAAUUUGUUUCCAUUCAAAAAAUCAUGACUUCAGUUCUGCUAAAAUUGAAAACUGAGCUUAUUUAUUUUCUCGGUACAUAAAUUUUUCAAUCGGAUUCUUUAUUAUACAAAGUUAUUUCUUUUAUGAAGCAUUGGUCAACUAGUCAAUGGCAGGAAUAUUGUUUUCAUGAUAACCUGGAUUCGACGAAACAUCCCAAAAACGGCUCUACACAGAUAUCUUCCGUUUUUAGGGCUCUAUGCAAACAUCAACUAGAAAUUCUACAGGUGACAGUGUUUCCUCCCAUUUUUAAAGCAGUCCAGCAAUAUGAGGUUCAUCAUUCAGUUCAUUUGCCUAAAACGUAUUUUAACUGAAAGACAGCGCACAAAAUGUUUUCGAGAAAAAGGGCUGGUGUUACAAGUCUGGGACAAGCCGUCUAAGACCGAUAUUAAUUAAUUUGAGGACUAACUGCAAGUCCAGUCCUUUUUAGAACAAAAUCAAGGAUAUCGUCUCCGAAUGUAGUGACCCCGUGCGAACAUGGUAACCCACGAUGGCUUUUCGAUUUAUUUUGUCCUGUGACUGGAUAUUGUUUUCACAUUCCUCUGCAGUAAACGGAUAGUAAAAGUAAGUAACUAUUCCAGUGACAAAUCAGGAUAAGCUGAGUUAACCUGUGACAACUCCUAAUUGUAAACAAAACGAGAAAGUAAUCAACGAAAUGUGUUAAACGCAAAUAUGGUUUUGUGUUUAAUGAUUUUUUAAGUAUCUAAGCUACAGAGAUAUUCUAAAAGGCAAUACAGAAGCUAUAUUUUGUAUGUUACUGUAACAAAGGUACUAUGAGUGAAACAAAUGUAACAAUUUCCCAAACAGUCGUAUAGAAUAAAGAAGUGGUAAGUAAUAGAAGUAGAGAAUUAACGUUCAGCUUACAUGUUUUAGUGCGCGUAUUAUUUGUUGAGCACGGUAAUGUAUUUGAGUGUGAUUCGGCCUAACCUGAGACUUGCUUCAGCUAUUUUGUAGAUGUUUCACUUUUCAUUCCUGUUCUGCUGAAUUAUGUAUUUUAUCGAGAGUAAGAGAGCACAAAACACUCAGUAUCAAAUAAAUGAUGAGUUAUCGGAAAUAAAUAUCUUUAAAAAACUUUUCUUUUUAUUUUUUACUGAAAAUCAGGAAUAUUCUUAAUUUAAAUAACGUAAUUCACUGAUUUGGACAGAAGUUAUUGUCCUUGGGUUUUCAAGCUCCACUACGUAUCUUCUAUAUUUCAAUGUGUUUGCUAUGGUAGAAGCAGUCUUACACAUAAAGAUGAGUGUAUAUGUACAUAAAGACCUCUCCUAUAACAGGGUAACUAAGCCAAAAGUAAAUUUCAUUAUAGAAGGACGCAAACAAAUUGUGAAAUUUUUUCCUUCUGGAUUCUGUUUGUAUGUUUGUUAUGAUCAGUGUAUGCGAACUGUACUUCUGAAUGAUGAAAAGCAAAUAAACAUUCAGUUUCGAUUGAAACUAUUUUGAAUUCUGA